CCAUUCACCUCCUCCCUCUGCAACCCCUCUCUCUCUCGAUCUACCCAAACCAUCCUCUGAUUUGUCUUUGCCGCUGAUAUUCUCCCCUCUUGCCACUAUUCUCAACAUUUCUUUGCACAAAUCUCACUUCCAGAUAUGCGGAAGAUAGGCCUAUGCGAACUCUAUGGACAUGCUAAACAUGCUGCCACAAGGAAUAUGGUAGCCGGAAGUUCGCUAAAUCCUUGUGGCCUAAUUGCCCUAGAUAAGUCUAAUGCUGCCGUCUUCACCGUGAUAUAUCUCCGAUCCGCCGGCAGUGAGACGCGUGCACAAACUUCUCGGGGUUUUGUCAAAAAAUUCUGCUCUUCGACCUCUAAUGUCAGCCGCUGCUCAUCGAUCGCCAUAGACCAGCCUUCCAAUAUUCGAGCUCUUCGCUGGUAGAUUGUUGCUAGAUUGAGCUGAAAUUGAAGGAAUUCAGCCUCAUGUUUACUGUUCACUCGAGAUACUCCAGGUCAUAUAAAUAUAUUCCAUAUAAGCGAGAAGGAAAUGGCUACUUGGAAUGGAUGCAUUUAUGACCAGUAUUCCCGCCCAUUUGAUAAGCUACCGUAGCCGCUGAUGAUUUGGACCGCAUAUUCGGAUAAGAACGAAUAAUAAGAGGGCUUCUUCCGUCCAAUUCCAAUCAGCACCGCCGUAGAGAGGGAGAGAGACGAAGGUAGGUGGUUGGCGGAAUCAGAAUUAUUUUUUACUUGGAAGGAUAAUAGUGUUUGUCUCAUGCUCCAGAUAAUGGUAAAACACAAUUGAAUUCGUUUCAUCUAUUUGAAAUAAGUUUUAUGUUUUUUUUGUUAAUUUUAAAUUUUGUUUAGAAAGUAAAGAAUCUUUUAGAUU